ACGGUCAACGCUGUAAUGGCGGCCUCCACUUGCGCUCGGUGCAUCGGGCAGCUCUCCACUGCGAGAUUCGCUUUCCAUAUAAAGCCCUGCACUGGCUGGCCGUGGUGCGUGGAAGAGAUGGACACCGCGAUGAAGCGUCUCUGCCUCCUCGCGUUGCUGGCGGUGGCGGGCAUCGCGGGGAUGGAGAGGGCCGACGGCGCGGGGGAGUGCGGCCGGGUGCCCGUGGAUAGGGUGGCGUUCCAGGUGGUGACUCCGUGCGGGGCGGCGACAAGGGACGCCAAGGUGGUGGUGCCGGGGAGGUGCUGCGCGGCGGUGCAGAGAUUCGGCCGUAACCCCAUCUGCCUCUGCGCUAUCAUGCUGUCGACCACGUCGAAGAAUGCCGGCGUCAAGCCCGAGAUCGCCGUUACCAUCCCCAAGCGCUGCAACCUCGCGGACAGGCCGGUGGGCUACAAAUGUGGAGAUUACACGUUGCCGUGACGAGGGGAGAGGUGGAGAGAGAGAGCUUGGCGAUCCCAAGGAGUGGAAUUCGAACUGCAAGCUGGUGUGAUUUGUAGCUCGUGAGCGCUUGUUGAUGAAUCAUAUGAAAUGCAAUAAGAUGUCGACUCUGUUCAAUGAA